AUGACGUCGACGUCAUCCUCGUCAGCAUCCUUGGUGCUGCCGCAGCCAUCGAUACUGCUCUCGACGAGCGGCAGCAGCUCUUCGCCUGGCUACCUCGCCCUCGUUUCUCUCUCCAACCCCUCCGUUACCUCCCCCCUACUCUCCUUUAAGCCCUACGUCUCUUCAUCUCCACACGCAAUCUCGAUCGUUCCGCCGUCGGCUGCCACCAACACUGAAGGAUUGCUUGCCACGCUCGAGGAAAGCAAGAACCUGCUUCACGUUCACUCCAUUCCUCUCGUGCAAGGUGUCACCCCAGUCACCACCAGGUUCAUCCCACCGCAACGUCUUUCCUGCCUCUCCCUCUCGCCGGACGGGUCGCUGCUCUGCGCUGGAGCUGCUGAUGGUCAUGCUUAUCUAUGGGAGGUAGCUUCGGGACGCUUGCUAGCCUCAUGGGAGCCUCACUUUCGCAAUGUGACUGUAGUGAUCUGGGACGCUAGGGGUGACGUGGUAGCCACAGGUGGAGAGGACGGUCGCGUGUGCGUAUGGUCUGUGAGCGGGCUCGUACACCCUUCUGCGGGUACUUCGAAUGGCUCUGCAAGCACUCCAUCGCCGUACGCGACUUUCUCGACGCAUCUGCUACCCAUUACCUCCCUUGCAUUCUCGCCCGCCUCGGGAGUGUUCCCUGCAAAAUUGCGUCUCUGGUCCGCUAGCAGGGAUGGAACUGUCAAACUCUGGGACCUUCGCACACGCUCCCUGCUUACCAACUUCGAAGUCGGAGGAGGAAAUGGAAACGGAGAGGUGACAUGCUUGACUGCCGACCCUACUGGACGCUUUUGCUUCGUGGGGACCAGCAGCGGUAGACUCGAGAGGAUCGAUCUAUAUCGUAGGAUAGGCGGAGCAGACUCCGGAGGAUUUGAAGCCAGGGGAGGCGGCGGCAUGGAAGACGUGGAGAAGGUAGGAGAAGAGAAUGACGGGCGUGGCAAAACCGGCAUACAGCUCAGCUCGCCCGCCAGCUCGCUAGCCCUCCUUCCCUCCUCCUCGCACCUACUCAUCGGCACAUCAACCCCUCCUGCACUGCAAAUUCUCGAUGUGCGGUCCCUGCAAAUCAUUCGCACCACAGCUCUAUCAGAGACGGCCAGCUCUACGGCCAGCGUGCCCAAUCUCAUCCCUUUCUACCGGCCGACUGCUGGUGAUGCAAGAGGCAGCAAGGCAGCCGCCAAGAGGAGAGUGGUUGCAGAGCAGUUAGAGAGAGCAGUCAAGCGUGGACAGGACGCAGAAGAAGACGAAGACGAGGUUUACUGGAGCGAAGUGCCGGCCGGAGACGCUGAGGAGGCGAGUCCUGCAUUGAGGCACCAAGCAGUCGAGUGCGCUGCUGAAGCUGACGACUACUUGCCAUUCCCACAGCUCGAAUACUUGACACCGCCCGCCCUGCUCCGGCCGCAAGGAGUUACAAGUACGGAGGUAUCGCAGACUUCCUCCAGCGCAACAACGUCAAUCCCAUCACAGUCACAGUCCAGCGCAGCAAUGCACGACUUGCAGACCCAGGUGGACUCGCUCAAGUCAAAGUUGGCGCAGGCAGAGAAGUGGAACAAGGACAUGUGGGCGGCCGUUGUGGCAAAGGGACUCAACGGGAACGCCGAAAAGGCCUAG